GAAAAAAAAAGCAAGGGAGAGGAAGGGAUGGGGCUGCUGUCGAACAAGAUCAAGAGGGAAGAAUUGAAGCCAGGAGAUCACAUAUAUUCAUGGAGGAACGCCUACAUCUAUGCCCAUCACGGAAUAUACAUUGGUGAGGAUAGGAUAAUACACUUCACCCGAAAAGCAGGCCAGGAGGUUGGCACAGGAACAAUCUUGGACCGCAUUAUCUUCAGCUCCUCCCCCUCAUCUUUAGAUACUCCUUGCCCAAGAUGUGGUGAUCAAUCAAUGCUUGAUGGGGUCAUUUCUUCCUGCAUCGACUGCUUUCUCUCUGGUGGUGAUCUGUACCUUUUCCAGUAUGCUGUCUCACCAGCUUUCUUUCUUGCCAAAGCUCGAGGAGGGACUUGCACACUUGCUACUUCCGAUCCUCCAGCUGAUGUCGUCCACUGUGCUUCUUAUCUCCUCCAUAAUGGCUUUGGUGUCUACCAUAUUUUCAAGAACAACUGUGAGGAUUUUGCAAUCUAUUGUAAAACAGGUUUGCUAGUGAUUACCAACAUUAGUGUGGGCCGGAGUGGGCAGGCAGCAUCAUUCCUUGCUGCUGCCACUGCAGUCAUGGCUUCACCGCUUCGGUUCAUGACUACCAGUUUUGUGGGAUUGACAGCCGUAGGUUGUGGUAUGUAUUGUAUUAGCAGGUUUGUUUCUGAUAUUGGAAUACGGCGGGAUGUAGUAAAACUCUCAGUGGAAAGGCUUGUGGAUCGGCCUGGCUUCGAUGAGCCAGAUGUAACCAGAGAAGAGUCGUAGCUAUUAUACAUAGUUUGUGUAUGCGGGGAUACCUUUCUCGAAUGUGGCCUGGGAUUUGCUCUUGACUUUAGCAG